GAGUUGCAUAUUCUACUCGAGACUUCAAUCAAGUCUUUGGAGUUGAGAUGUUUCUUCGAUAUCUAUCGAGGAUCUCCAUGCUUGUUUUCUCUUCCAUUCCCAUUUCAAAUUUUGACACAAGCUAUCUCAUUCUAGGCAUUGCAUACCUCUAUUUUGAUUUAUUCUUGACUAAAGAAAAUUCGAUAGACCAACUCUCACACGAUGGCAAAAAAGAGACAACCCGCACCAGCUUCCAAAAAAGCUUCUUGGAAUACAGAGUCCGAGUGUGCAUUGUUUGGAUUGCUUGACUUCUGCAUAAAACAUAAAAAUAUUUUUCCAUUCAACGAAGAGAACGUCGUUGGCCGCUUAUGCUCUACGAGUGGUUCGAAUGAAAGUUAUAGUUGGGAUCAAAUUACCCGAAAGCUUGAAUAUAUUUGGCGAGAGUUUGGCAGGAUCGAUUCCCUAAGCAAGGCGGACAUAUAUAUACAUGGUUCUGCAUGCUUUAAUUAUCUCACAGGAGAUGAGCAGAGGACUGUGGAUCUGAAUGUUGAGCAGUGGGAAAAAACAUUGAAAUCGAUUAGCGUUAUAGAGAAGACGUUGGUAGAUACUGUUAACAGAAAUGUAUCUCGUGCCACUCUUGUGUCCAAUGAACGCCGAAGCCACAUUUCUGAGUACAGCAUAAGUGAGAGUGAUCGCCAUACACCAAGAGCACAGCGGCAUCAAACACGCGAGAUUGCAAAAAGAUUGAAGCGAGAAUGGAACUCCACCAAAAGUCAAUCCGAAGAAGAGACCCCCCAAAAGAAAGCUCGAAACAGCGAGAAAAACCUUCUACGCAACGAACAGAGUCAGAAUAUGUUUAACGAGGAAGAAAAACGAUUAAUUCAAAUCCUUGGAGAUGAAACUGAUCGCGCCCCAAAAGAGCAAUUAGAAUUCACUGGUAACGAAGUCGAUCCAUCUACUGAAAAUGAGAAGGGCGUCGAUAUCUUAGCCCCACCCUCGUCAGAAGAUAGUGAGCUCCAUGAAUACACGCUUUUUGGGCUGAGAAAGAAAUCUCAUCAGUCGCAGACAGCCUUUGUUACUUCUCCCACCACACACGAGCGAAUAUACAGAGCCGCUUUGCGCAAGAAGGACGAAAAGAUAUUGAAGCUUCAAGAGACAAUCGACGCGAAGGACGAAAAGUUCAAUGCACUUCAGACUAAACUAGACUCGUACAGAUUGGUUGAGGAAAGGCAACAGGAAGGCAACGAUUCCAUCCGGCUUCUAGUCUCCAAUCUACAUCAAGAAAUCGAACAUCUAAAAGCAGCGAAAGAUAACUGUAGAAGAAUUGGAACGUUCACCAAAUUGGCGGGAAGACAUACCCAAUCUCGAAAUGAUAUGCAGAUUGAAAAAAAGAUUCCGAUUAUGAGACGCCUUAUGAAGAAUAUACUUGGUGAUUACGACGAUGAUGCCAUUCUCAAAAUACCUGAUUCCGAUAUCUCAGUUGAUUUGAGUGCGCUAUUUUCGUUUGGGUUCGGGUUGGCUGACCACACGCGUGUAAGUAAAGAACAGAUUGCAGCCUUGACAUCAAACCGUCCUCCAUACUCUAUUAUUGAAACUUUGCUCGAAGCCGCUGUCUGCACUUGGGUCUUCGAAUCCAACUUUCCGAAUUUCGAUCAGAAUCCCAAGAGUCUGAGCUUGCUCACGACAUACAGAGAUAUCAUAGCAACUCAAGAUGGUGCUCUAGCUUUAAGAAACCUGGAACUAGCAUCCCAUCAUACAUUGAUUCACCGUCCACGAUUUCAAAUGUUGAUGGACAAAGAGGCCGAGGAUCUAGCAGAUUCAUUGUCACAAACCAUAGCCCCACUAUUCUCCAAGAACACAGAGGAAUCCGAGGAAAAUGUUUUCGAGACCUGGGGAGAGGAGGAAAGCGUCUGGAAAGCACGGCGUCAACAACUCAUCGUCUUAUUCAGACACGCCCUCGAGAUAAAAGCACACGCGGUGCUUACUCCCGAGCGGUAUGAGCUGGUGAACUAUGUAUCCGGCACUAUAUUCAAUCCACAAACCAUGGAUGUCGAGAUGAUCGAGGCGCCUACAAAAAGCCCGACUAGAGAAGACCGUGUUGUCGAACACUGCUUGCAUGUUGCCAUUCAAGCACUUACCGAAGAGGCGGUAAAGGAUACAGAUCCAGUCUCGCGAGCAACGAUCCAGUAUAAAAAUUUCACACGUAAACGGUCCGCGGAACCUUCCAGGAAGAUAGACGUAGAACCAGUGAUACUUGCGAAAGCAGUAGUUGUUCUGAAAAAUUGAGUUAACUUUUUUUUUUUUCAUACGCAGAGAGAAUUCAAACGCUUCGCAAUUCUUGUUUUUAUAUCAAAAGACGCUUUUGAUAUAGCACUAACAAGGAAUUGGCAAUUUUGUUAGAGGGCUUGCUUGAUAUUCGUUGGUAGGCGUUCCGAGUAUGGCACAGUUUGCGGGUGGGCCCUUCCAAAUAAAAUACUUCUUUUAUAUAUCAUUAGGGCAAGAUGUGAUGUAUCUGAUAUUGAAUACGCUUCAAUGAAUAGAAUAAGGAGCUUGUUUUUGCA